AUGGGUACUCAUCGUUUCUUCUUCAGUCUAAUUCUUAUUUUCAUAACUUCAUGUCAUACAUCAUCAUCUGACUGUGAUAUACAUUCUAAUCAAGAUGAUACUCCAUUUAACAUUAAAGUUCAGCAAUCACCUUUAAUUCUAAUUGGAACUUCAUUAAAUAAAAAUAUUGAUAUUAAUAUUCCAAAUUUAUUUAAUGUCACAUUUCUAGUUCGAUGUAUUUUAAAAGGUCCCCCAACACAACGUAUUAUUCGUAUUGUUCAAGCAGGUUCACUUCUUGGUCGUCGCUCGUGUCAAAGAUUUGAUGUCAAUCGAGAAUAUAUUGCUUUUCUUGAACCAUUUUUCGAUGGAACUUAUCGACCAGUUGAUUUAGAUGAGAUUUCAUAUAAUAAUCAAAUAAAUUUAUUACUUGAAAAAACAUGUGGUCUUUCACGAAUGUAUCCAUUCACGGAAUUGAAUGAUACUGAAGCACGAUUGACUAAUAAAUGCCCAUCAGCUGUUUCGAUUGAUUGUCCACUAGAAACAUCAACAACUUCUAUUACAACAACGAUUAGUACAGUUUUAUCGACGACGACAACAACAAAGGAUUCUAUAAUGUUUGGGAAAAGCACGAUUGAUUUUGCAGCAUUAUCACUUCUUCUAGCUGAACAUCAACGUCAAAACUUGAAUUUAACUUUUUUACAAGGUCAAAAUCAUAAGUCGCUUUUUUCGGAUGAUGCAGCACGAAAAAAUCAAGCUAAUCGAUUUUCAUUUAUGAUUAUUAUCAGUUUAAUUCAGAUAAUUUUUUCUAGUAUUCUUCAUCUUUUUCUGUAG